AUUUCAUUUAGGUCACUACGUCCAACGAUUUUCUCUCUCCAUCUCUCAAUUUUCCCUCCCUGUUUGAUGAACGUAGCGACAAAAUCUUCCCUCCACUCUCUCUCUCUGCUGGCACAGAAUGGUUACUUCAUUCAGAAUCGAUCAGAUUGAACCAGUGCUAGACGCAUCAAACGCCUUUCCGAGGUCGAUUUCGUCGUCAGGAAGGUUUAGUUCACAAUUUGUUUGGUGCUGGAUUUCAAAUUGGAGGCUGUUUAAGGGAUUUGAGAAUGAAGAUUGUGAACUAGGUUUAUAAUGUUUAAUUUUGAUAUGUCAGUCCUGAAUUUGAUGACCAACUCAGAUGCUUCUGGUCCCUUUGUUUUUGGAUGGUUGGUCGCUGCAUCAUUUGGACUUCUAGCUAUUUUAUGUGCAUUCUUUAAAUGGCAGAGAAGGACAUCACUUAAAUGGGUUAAAGCUGCUGCUAGAGCAAAGAAAGAAGUGUGGAAGAAGCUAAAAGUUCCUUUGUCACAUCACUUAUGGAUGGAGGAUUUUACUUGUUGUGAACAGCCUUCCACAUGCUGUGUUUGCUUGACGUCUUUGGUGUCUCCACAAACCUCAGGUACAAAAUCAGCAGGGCAAAAUCCUGUUCACCGUUGUUCUGUGUGUGGUGUAGCAACGCAUUUCCGUUGUUCUCAGUUUGCAGCAAAGGAUUGCAAGUGUGUAGCACAAGCUGGUUUUAGCCAUGUUCAACACCACUGGUCAGAAAGAUGGAUCAACAUGGGUGAUAAUCCUGAGAUGUCUGCUUUCUGCUUAUACUGUGAUGAACCUUGCGGUGUUCCUUUUCUAGAUGAUUCUCCUUUGUGGCACUGUCUAUGGUGUCAGCGCCUUGUACAUGUUGAGUGCCAUGCCAAAAUGUCGAAAGAAUCUGGUGAUGUUUGUGAUUUGGGUCCUCUUAGAUGGGCUAUCCUUUCUCCAAUCUGUGUGAAAGAAAUUAAUGAUGAAUUUACUGGAGGUAGACUGCUGAGUUCUAUGAGGGAAGAAAUUAUAACAUCUUCUGUUUGUGGGCAGAUUAGAAGAAGACGCCACAGGAGCAAACGUGGUAGUGCUUGUUCCAUUAAUGGUAGGUUACAUGAUGCUUCAGCAGCCAAUACAGCCCUGGAGUAUGUGCUUCAUGGGCUUGUUGGUUUGAAGAAAUCCAACAGUGAGAAAAAUUAUGACCAAAUAUUGAAGGAACAUGACAGUGCGCUUGGUGUCAAGGGCACUCAAAUUGUACCAAUACAGAAAAAGGGUGGCGCUAUUGUCUAUGCUUGGGUAAAGAAGUACAAAUUAGUGGACUUGCCUCAUGAUGCAAGACCUCUUCUAGUUUUCAUCAAUACCAAGAGUGGAGCUCAAUAUGGGCCCUCUCUCCGGAGGAGAUUGAACAUGCUUUUGAAUCCUGUGCAGGUUUUUGAACUUAGUUCUACUCAAGGUCCAGAAGCCGGUUUGAAGUUGUUUAGCACUAUGCAAAAUUUUAGAGUUUUGGUCUGUGGUGGUGAUGGUACUGUGGCUUGGGUCCUCGAUGCGAUUGAGCGACACAAUUUUGAAUCACCUCCAUCUGUUGCUAUUCUUCCUCUGGGCACAGGAAAUGAUUUAUCAAGGGUUUUGCAAUGGGGUAAGGGUCUGUCUAUAGUCAAAGGGCAAGGUGGAUUGAGCACAAUUCUGCACGACUUAAACCAUGCGGCAGUUACAAUGCUGGAUCGCUGGAAAGUUAAUAUCAGGGAGGAAAACUUGGACAGUGAUUCAAAUACAAUGCAAUCCAAGUUCAUGAUGAAUUAUUUAGGUAUUGGAUGUGAUGCAAAGGUUGCCUAUGAGUUUCAUAUGAGUCGGGAGGAGAAUCCUGAGAAGUUCUAUAAUCAGUUUGUGAAUAAGCUGUGGUAUGCCAAAGAAGGUGCGCGGGAUAUAAUGGACCGAACUUGUGCCGACUUACCAUGGCAAGUCUGGCUUGAAGUUGAUGGGAGAGACGUUGAGAUUCCAAAGGAUGUUGAAGGUUUAAUUGUGCUUAAUAUUAGCAGCUAUAUGGGUGGGGUAGAUCUUUGGCAGAAUGAUUAUGAUCAUGAUGAUGAUUUUGAUCUCCAGUCUAUACACGAUAAGAUGCUUGAGGUUGUAUGCAUUUGUGGUGCAUGGCACCUAGGCAAAUUGCAGGUUGGGCUUUCACAAGCCAGGAGGUUAGCUCAAGGAAGAACAAUAAGAAUUCAUGCUUCUAGUCCUUUCCCAGUUCAAAUAGAUGGGGAACCAUUUAUCCUGCAGCCUGGCUCUUUAGAAAUAACACAUCAUGGGCAGGUGUUUAUGUUGAGGAGGGCGUCGGAGGAGCCCAGAGGUCAUGCGGCUGCAAUUGUGACAGAGGUCUUGGUUGAUGCCGAGUGCAAAGCUAUCAUUGAUGCGUCUCAAAAGAAAUUACUUCUCCAGCAGAUGGCCCUUCAUCUAUCUUGAUUUUAGUACUUCCCCUUCCCGCCCUUGUUGCCCCACUCUGUUGGUUUCCACGUUUGGCUACUUUAGAUGCUCGCCCAGAAAAACAGAGGAAAAAAUAAAAAGAAAGAACAGGAAAAAAGAUGCUUGCACAUUUCUUUUUGCCAUUUUUUUGGGGGUGGGGGGUUUCAAACUGAUUUUUCUGGGGGCAGUCUGUAAAUCCAUGACAGGUUUAUCAAUAUAGGGGAGAGAGAAAAUAUGUAAGCAUAUGCUGCAACGAAUGAAUUUUUGGGUUUGCUGCUCAGAGAAUUGGAUGAAAUUUUUUUAACAUUUUUAUGUCAUUGUAUGUACAAAGAGCAAAAGGUUGAUUUUUUGAAGUUCUAUUUGAUUGCUUUAAAAUAAUACAAGAGUUCUAAGGAGGAUUGUGGAAA